AUGAAUAGGAGAACUUUUAUUAAAUCAGAACAUUUUAAUUUAGGGGAGCCGUUGCCAUUAACAUACGCAACAACAAACCAUCAGAACAAACCACAACAAUCACAAUAUCCGCUAAAGCAACAACAACAACAAAAACAAACACCUUUGCAGCCACUGCCACGACAACAAAGCAAUCGUUUUGGGGUACAGGAUACUCUAUUCACAAAUAUAAGUGUUCCCAAAAACAGGAGCCAGACACCAUAUAUUGCAAACAACACAAACUUGUCUCGCAACUCACUGUUGGUACGACGAAAAAGUUUAAGCAGUCGGCAUUCAUCAAGCAAUGGUGGAACAUUAAAUACCAUUAAUUCAGGAUAUAUAAGAGAAAAAAUUGAGCAACUAACGCACCAAAUCAACGAGUUAGAAACUGAGCAAGUGAAUCUUGUUGUGCUUGAUGCAAAACUUGAUGAAGUGAUUGAAUUGGUGAAGCAGUUCAAUACAACCAGAACAUUAGAGGAUGUAAAGAAUGAGUUGGAACAUGAGCAAGAGGGAAUAGACAUAGACAAAAGAAUAGAUCGAAAAGAUGAAAAUGUAGUAGAAGGGGAAGGAUUGAUUGAGAAACCGAACAAAAAUAUCGAGGAGAUGACCAAUGACGCUAAAGAGAUUGAAGAGAUGUUGAAUGAACUAGAGCAAAAGAGGAAAAAUCGAAAAAAGAUUUUAAGUAUCGAUAUUGCUAUUACUUUUGUUGAUAUCUGGAUAAUGGCUUAUUUACAGCUUUUGACGCCCUCUAGUCAAGCUACCAAGAAAACAUUAUUUCUUGAAGCAGUCUUGAAAAUGAAGUAA